AUGUCCCCAGCAGAGACAACCUCAGAAUUCUACCCUCCUAUGACCGGUGUUUCGAUCGCUGACAAGAGGAGUAAAAGACCACGACCCUACAGUGCUUUGGUUCCCUUCUUGGCCCUUGCGGCCCACUUGCUUGUUCCAGCGGACGCCUUUACUUCGGGAGCAGGGAGACGCCCGAAUGUCUUUCCCAAUCUCCACACCAGAACAAGCCAUUAUCCCCAAUUACACUCUUCGAAACUCGUGGGAAGAGGUCAUCGGGUCCAAAGGUCCUCCCGAGCACGAAGAAACCGACCCUCCAAGUUUUUUGUGGCGUCCUCUACCCGGUCUUUGAACACUGCCAGCGAGAACAUCUUUGGCAGUCGCAGCAAUAAUAAUAACAAUGAGGAAGAAUAUCCGUGGGAAUGCAUUAUUGACCCCACCUGUUGCGAUGAUUGCCUCGAUAUGGCAGACCAUUAUCAGCAACUGAGCAAUGAUCAAAGCCAACACAUGAUGAUUGACUUUGGCACGUGGGCCAAAAAUGAAGAAGACGAAGAUAGAGUCACCUUCGCCGACAAGGUGUCCAUGACGGCCGCGUUUGCAACGGCAGCCUCGGCAUUUGCACUCUUGCUCGUGUGGUCGGGACCUGGUGCUUGGAGAUUCUUUUUGGCCGGUGGUCUCUGUGCAGCCACAUCGCAUGCCAUUCCAACUCCCAUUGAUGUAGUCAAGACCCGAAAACAAGUUGACCCAGAGUUGCAGGAGUUGGGUUUUGUGCAAGCCACGCAAAAGAUUGUCAAAGACGAGGGCGUGGGUACUCUGUUAGCUGGUCUUGGCCCGACUGUGUUUGGAUACUUGCUUGAGGGAUCCAUGAAAUUUGGAGUGUACGAAGCACUCAAGCCAGUUGUCAAACGAGGACUCGGCUCCUUGGCGGAAGCAACCUCUCUCGCAAUUUUGCGGUCCCAAAUGAUUGCCUUUAUCGUUUCGGGGUGUAUAGCCGGAACGGCUGCUUCUAUUGUUUUGUGCCCAAUGGAAGCCUUGCGAAUCCGUCUUGUGUCCGAACCAGACUUUGCUCCCAAAGGAUGGAUACAGGGCGGUCGUAGGAUGAUUAAGCGCGAGGGAGUGCUCAGCCUUUGGAGAGGCAUUGCACCACAAACCUUCAAACAAGUGCCCUACACUGUGACCAAGAAUGUUUCUUUUGAUUAUUUCACAAAACUCGCCUACCGGACAGCAAUUGCCUACGGAUUUUCCAUGAACCAUGCCACCAAGUUCACCAUUCCCGUUGUAUCGGCCAUUCUUGCCAGUAUUUUGUCUUGUAUCAGCAGCCAGCCAGGUGACACACUACUCAGCCUUGUCAGCGCAAGGCAAAAAGAAAACAGAUCGGCAAGCGAUAUCGCGCGGGAUAUUUUGCGAAGUGAAAAGGGGUUCCGUGGAUUUUUUGUCGGGUUGAAUUGUCGAUUGUAUCAUGUGGGCAUUAUUGUGACGCUCCAACUUGUUUUGUACGAUGUUCUGAAGCGACUGUGUGGAGGUAUUGCAACGGGAUCAUGUGGACAUUAG